GAACUGAAAAGCAAUCUGUCCAGUUUACACUGAAUAGCAGGGAGUUUGUUCAUGCUGUUGGUUUUCUGAAGCAAGAAAGCAAAGAGUGGGAGAUUCAGCAAACCUGACAAAGGAGCAGUAUGAGCACCGCAGGCAAAGUCAUCAAAUGCAAAGCAGCCGUUGCUUGGGAGCCUAAGAAACCCUUUAGCAUUGAGCAAAUUGAGGUAGACCCUCCAAAGGCUCAUGAAGUUCGUAUUAAGAUCCUGGCCACAGGUAUCUGUCGCUCGGAUGACCAUGUGAUCACUGGUGCCUUUGCUAUGCCUUUCCCAAUCGUCCUGGGCCAUGAAGCUGCUGGAGUGGUGGAGAGUGUUGGAGAGGGAGUGACUUGUGUGAAAACAGGAGACAAAGUAAUUCCACUCUUCGUUCCACAAUGUGGAAAAUGCUACUCCUGCCGAAGUACCAAAGGCAACCUAUGCAAUGAAACUGACAUUAAUAAAGGAAAAGGUUUGAUGCCUGAUGGCACCAGCAGGUUCACUUGCAAGGGGAAGCGGCUGCACCAUUACAUCAACACCAGCACCUUCACUGAAUAUACCGUGGUGCAUGAGACCUCAGUGGUCAAAAUUGAUGCCGCUGCCCCUUUGGAAAAAGUGUGUCUGAUCGGCUGCGGGUUUUCUACUGGUUAUGGAGCAGCUGUUCAGACUGCCCAAGUGGAACCUGGUUCUUCCUGUGCCAUCUUUGGCCUGGGAGGCGUCGGCCUGUCCGUGGUCAUGGGCUGCAAAGCUGCUGGAGCUUCCCGCAUCAUCGGGGUUGACAUCAACAAGGACAAAUUCCCCAAGGCUAGAGAGCUGGGAGCCACGGACUGCAUCAACCCUCUGGAUUUCAAGAAGCCCAUCAAUGAAGUGCUCUUUGACAUGACAGAUGGAGAAGGCGUGGACUAUUCCUUCGAAGUGAUUGGGCGCACAGACACCAUGACUGCUGCCCUGGCCUCCUGCCAGAACAACGUUGGAACCAGCAUCAUUGUGGGAGUGCCUCCUUCAGCAUCUCAGAUCACUUUCAACCCACUGUUGCUUUUCACAGGCCGCACCUGGAAGGGGUCUGUGUUUGGAGGAUGGAAGAGCAAAGAUGCUGUCCCUAAACUGGUUUCUGAUUUCAUGGGAAAGAAAUUCACUUUGGAUCCAUUAAUAACUCAUACACUACCUUUUGAAAAAAUCAAUGAAGGAUUUGAUCUGCUCCGGGCAGGAAAGAGCAUUCGCACUGUCCUGACAUUUUAAGAUCUUGAGGAGAGAAGAAUGAUGAGAAAAUCAUCAAUAGCUAAAGAUCCUUCUCUACAAUCUGUAUAAUCAACAGUGUGUUCUGGGUUUGAGGUUGUUUUUUGGGGGUGGGGAGUAGGACUGGUCUCUUCUGGUGUAGCCUUAUCUUUGGGUAAUGGAAUGAAUGGAUGUAGAAAAUUCUAAGGUAGGGGAAACACAACAAAAGCUACCGAAAUCAAGAUUCCCAAAUAUUAACAAGCUUGAAAUAACUGACUAGGUGCAGUUGUUCUUUUCUCAUCGGAUAAUGGCAUACUAUAUUGGACUGACAAGUUCCAGAAUGCAUUGCUUUAACUGCUCAGAGAGCCUUGCCUAUUGAGUAGUAUAUGAAUAAAUACAUACAUACAUAUUGGUACUUGAAUUAAGAUUAAGUUUGGGGCAGGCAACCUGGUACCCUCCAGAUGUUUGGGACUUCAACUCCCAUAAGCCCCCAUAGGCAUGGCCAUUGAUCUAGGGUUCAGGAGCUGUAGUCAAAAACAGCUGGUGGGCACCAGGUUAACUUCCCUGGUAAGAUUUGGGAUAUAUAUAUGAGGUUUCUCCAUCUACUAUUGCACAAGCUGCUCUGUGAGCUUUAAUAGAUGACCCUGAUCUGUGUAUGCAAGUGAACAGGUGUGCAAAUUCAGUGUUUCAUUUAUGUGAAUGGGGAUUUCCACAAGCCAUGUACACUGAGAGUGUGAAUUUUAGUCCUCCUUGAGUGAAUCUGGACCAGAGCAGCUGUUUUGUUUGGGUCUUUGUUAACAACCUCCACUGGGAUACCAAUGUGGUGUAGUGAUUAGAAUAUUGCCCUGUGACCCAGAAGAUCCAAGAUGUAGAACUCAGACAUGCAGCUCCGUAAGUUACUUUUGGCCAGUUACUGAUUCUCAGCUUAACAUACCUCAGAAGGGGGUGGUGAGGAUAAAAUGGUGAGAAGACGGAUGGAAUAAAUAAAAUAUCUUUUAGAAAACCUAUAUUCACAAAGAGAUGGAUGCGGUAUCAGAUGACAUCAUGGCAGACACUAAUUUUUGUAAAUGUAAACAUUAAUAAACUUCGCAAAAGACAAUCAA